AUGAGUGAUUUGCCAAUUGAGUUCACCGAGCUCACGGAUCUGACCGCGCUGGGUAUCUCCCCGCAGUCGCUGGACUUCAGAUCAACUACAUUCGAAAGUGACCACUACGUGACCGUUAGGGAGACUGUCGAUGGCGCGAACUCCGUGGCCAUCGUCGACUUGGCGAACGGGAACCAGGUCACCAGGAAGAACAUGGGCGGUGACUCCGCGAUCAUGCACCCUUCCCAGAACGUGAUCUCUGUGCGUGCCAACGGCACCAUCGUCCAGAUCUUCAACUUGGAGACCAAAUCCAAGCUGAAGUCCUUCACCUUGGACGAGCCAGUGAUCUUCUGGAAGUGGCUCACCGAGAACACCUUGGGUUUCGUCACCGCGCGCUCCAUACUCACCUGUAACGUCUUCGACGGCAACGUCUCUGCAAAGCCACAGGUGUUGACCCAGAGACACCAGUCAUUGAACAACACCCAGAUCAUCAACUUCAUCUCAAACGAGAAGGAGGACUGGUUCGCAGUCAUCGGUAUCUUGCAGGAAAACGGAAGAAUCGCCGGUAAGAUCCAACUUUACUCGAAACAACGUAACAUCUCCCAGGCAGUAGACGGCCACGUCGCCAUCUUCACCAAGAUACUGCUAGAAGGUAACGGCUCCGCACCAGUACAAGUCUUCGUCACCGGUAACAGAAACGUACAAACGGGUAACGGUGAAUUGAGAAUCAUUGAGAUAGAUCACGAUGCCUCCUUGGCUGUACAAUACCAAAAGAAAACCACAGAUAUCUUCUUCCCACCAGACGCUACAAAUGACUUCCCAUUGUCCGUCCAGGUCUCCGAGAAAUACGGUAUCAUCUACAUCCUAACGAAAUACGGGUUCAUUCACUUAUAUGAACUGGAGACAGGCACAAACUUGUUCGUCAACAGAAUUACCGCCGAGUCCGUCUUCACUUCCACUUCUUACAACCAAAAGAACGGUAUCGCCUGUAUAAACAAGAAAGGCCAAGUGCUAGCAGUAGAGAUCGACACCACUCAGAUAGUGCCAUACAUCCUAAACAAAUUGGCUAACGUCUCCCUAGCGCUAACAGUUGCCACUAGAGGUGGCCUUCCAGGUGCAGACGACCUGUUCUCUAAGCAAUUCGAGUCCCUCUUGAACCAAGGCGAUUACCAAAACGCUGCAAAGGUCGCAGCAUCCUCAACUUCUCUGAGAAACCAAAAUACCAUCAAUAGAUUGAAGAACUUACAAGCAGCACCAGGUGCCAUCUCACCUAUAUUGCUUUACUUCUCCACUCUUCUAGACAAGGGUAAGUUGAACAAAGAAGAAACCAUCGAGUUGGCCAGACCAGUGCUACAACAGGACAGAAAGCAACUAUUUGAAAAAUGGUUGAAAGAGGACAAAUUGGAGUGCUCAGAAGAACUUGGUGACAUUGUCAAACCAUUUGAUACCACCUUGGCUUUGGCUUGUUACUUGAGAGCCAAUGCUCAUGCAAAGGUCAUCUCUUGCUUAGCUGAGCUACAACAAUUUGAAAAGAUCAUUCCAUAUUGUCAAAAGGUAAGCUACCAACCAAACUUUUUGGUAUUGCUUUCUCAACUAAUUAGAACUUCCCCAGACAGAGCUUCUGAAUUUGCAAUCUCCCUAUUGCAAAACCCAGAAACUGCCAGCCAAGUUGACAUCGAAAAGUUGGCUGACCUAUUCUUCUCUCAAAACCACAUCCAGCAAGGUACUUCCCUAUUGUUAGAUGCUUUGAAAGGUGAUACUCCAGACCAAGGUCACUUGCAAACUCGUGUCCUGGAAGUUAACUUGAUGAAUGCCCCUCAAGUUGCUGACGCAAUCUUGGGCAAUAACAUCUUCUCUCACUAUGACAAGCCAACGAUUGCUUCUUUAGCAGAAAAAGCUGGUCUGUACCAGAGAGCUCUGGAAAACUACACCGAUCUUAAGGAUACCAAGAGAUGUAUUGUCCACACAAGCAGCCUACCAGUUGACUGGUUGAUCAGUUACUUUGGUAAGUUGAACGUCGAACAAUCUUUGGCUUGUUUGAGAGCCCUAAUGGACGACAACUUACAAGGCAACAUUCAAAUCGUCAUUCAAGUUGCAACAAAGUACUCCGAUCUAAUCGGAUCCAGUACUCUAAUUAAGCUAUUCGAGGAGUACAGAGCUACUGAAGGUCUGUAUUACUACUUGGCUUCCUUAGUUAACUUAACUGAAGACAAGGACGUUGUUUACAAAUACAUCGAGGCUGCUGCUAAGAUGAAACAAUACAAGGAGAUUGAAAGAAUUGUCAGAGACAACAAUGUUUAUGAUGCUGAAAGAGUUAAGAAUUUCUUGAAAGAAGCUAACUUGGAAGAUCAACUACCUCUGAUUAUCGUGUGUGAUCGUCACAAUUUUGUUCAUGAGUUGAUCUUGUAUCUAUACAAGGCACAAAACAUGAACUACAUUGAAACUUACGUUACUCAAGUCAACCCAAGCAAAACCCCACAAGUUGUUGGUGCUUUGCUUGACAUGGAUUGCGACGAAAAGUUCAUUCAAAACUUGUUGCAAUCUGUUAUUGGCCAAGUUCCAAUCAACGAUUUGACUGAAGAAGUCGAAAAGAGAAACAGAUUGAAGCUUCUGUUGCCAUACUUGGAACAAACUUUAUCUCAAGGUACCCAGGAACAGGCUGUUUACAAUGCCUUGGCUAAGAUCUACAUUGACUCCAACAACGCUCCAGAGAAGUUCUUGAAGGAGAAUGAUCAAUACGAUACUUUGGAUGUCGGUCGUUACUGUGAGAAGAGAGAUCCAUACUUAGCUUACAUUGCUUACGACAAGGGUUCCAACGAUGACGAUUUGAUUAGAAUCACUAACGAGAACACUAUGUACAAGUACCAGGCUAGAUACCUACUAAAGCGUUCUGAUCCUGAAUUGUGGAACAAGGUGUUAGAUUCUGAAAACAUUCAUAGACGUCAACUAAUUGACUCUGUCAUUUCUGUUGGUAUCCCAGAACUAAAGGACCCAGAACCAGUGUCUUUGACCGUCCAAGCUUUUAUGACCAACGGAUUGAAAUUGGAAUUGAUCGAGUUGCUUGAAAAAAUUAUAUUGGAACCAUCUCCAUUUAAUGAAAAUACUGCUUUGCAAGGUCUGUUGAUGCUAUCAGCCAUCAAGUACGAGCCAACCAAAGUUUCUGGAUAUAUCGAAAAGCUAGAAAAUUAUGACGCUGAUGAGAUCGCACAGUUAUGUGUUGAACAUGGUUUGAAUGAAGAAGCCUUCGAAAUCUAUGACAAGCAUGAGAUGAACUCUAAAGCACUAAAGGUUUUGAUUGAAGAUAUCAUGUCUUUGGACAGAGGCUACACAUAUGCUGACAAGAUUAACUCUUCAGAACUAUGGUCUCAAUUGGGUACUGCGCAAUUGGAUGGUCUUCGUAUUCCUGAUGCUAUUGAUUCCUACAUCAAAGCAAAUGACCCAUCUAACUAUGAGAAUGUUAUCGAUUUAGCAGAACAAGCUGAAAAGUUCGAAGAAUUGAUUCCAUACUUGUUGAUGGCAAGAGAUACUUUGAAGGCUUCAAAGAUUGAUAAUGCUUUGGUUCUGUCUUAUGCUCAAUUGAAUAAGCUUCAUGAAAUUGAGAACUUGCUGGCUGGUUCAAACUCCGCCAACUUGGAAGAAGUCGGUGAUAAAUUGCUUGACAGCAAGAACUACAAGGCAGCUAAAUUGUGUUACUCUAGUGUUUCUAACUACUCCAAAUUGGCCUCAACUUUGGUUUACUUGGGUGACUACCAAACUGCUGUAGACACUGCUAGAAAGGCAUCCAACAUCAAGGUCUGGAAAUUAGUGAACAACGCAUGUAUUGACAAGAAGGAAUUCAGACUUGCCCAAAUUUGUGGUCUAAACUUAAUAAUUCACGCUGAAGAGCUUGACGAGCUUGUCGAAAAGUAUGAGUCGAAUGGUUACUUUGAAGAAUUAAUUUCUUUAUUCGAAGCAGGUCUAGGUUUGGAAAGAGCCCAUAUGGGUAUGUUCACAGAGCUAGCUAUUUUGUAUGCCAAGUACGAUACUUCAAAGACCUAUGAUCACAUUAAAUUAUUCUGGUCAAGAAUUAACAUUCCAAAGGUUAUCAAGGCUGCUGAAGACGCUCACCUAUGGAGAGAAUUGGUUUUCUUGUAUGCUCAUUAUGAUGAAUGGGACAAUGCUGCUUUGACUAUGAUCGAAAAAUCUGCUGAUAACUUUGAUCAUCCUUACUUCAAGGAAGUUAUUGUUAAGGUUGCAAAUCUUGAAAUUUACUACAAAGCAAUUAACUUUUACGUCAACGAGCACCCAUCUCUAUUAGUCGAUCUAUUGUCCGUUUUAACUCCAAGGCUUGAUAUUCCAAGGACUGUUAAGAUUUUCUCACAAUCAGAUAACUUACCUUUAAUCAAGCCAUUCUUGAUCAAUGUUCUACAAAAGAACAACUCUGUGGUUAAUAAGGCUUAUCAUGAUUUGAUGAUCGAAGAAGAAGAUCAUCAAGCCUUGCAAAAUGCUGUCGACUCCUAUGACAAGUUCGAUCAAUUAGAACUUGCUGGCAGAUUGGAAAAACACGACUUGAUAUACUUCAAGAAGAUUGCUGCGCUAUUGUACCGUAGAAAUAAGAAGUGGUCAAAGGCAUUAGAUAUCCUAAAGGAACAAAGACUAUGGAAGGAGGCCAUUGAGACUGCUGCUAUUUCCCAGGAUACUAAGGUCGUCCAUGAUUUAUUGUCCUACUUUGUCGAUACAGGUAAUCGUGAAGCAUUUGUUGCAUUGUUGUACACUGCCUACAAUUUGAUAAAGUAUGAUUUUGUUUUGGAAGUUUCCUGGUUGAAUUCUCUAGAAGAUUUCAUUAAGCCAUACGAGAUCUCUGUGAAGAAAGAACAAAAUGCAGCUGUUGAAAAGCUUUCGGAGGAAUUUGCUAAGAAGAACAACACAUCGGAUGAUAGGGAAGGUCAGCCACUAAUGUUGAUGAACUCUUCAAUGCACCCUCAAGCAACUGGCUUCUAA